AUGAGAUAUAUAUUCCCAUCAUAUCCACCAAACCUUUUCCGUUCUGUACAAAUCUGUAAAAUAUGUUCACUGCUGUGUAUAUUUAUCAUUACUCUCAAAGUCUGUUGUUGCUCUACAGACAAUAAUUUUUCUGUUCAACACAAUGCUACUGUUAAACCUGACUUGUUUGAUUUCUCUCAAAGUAAAAAAAAGGCGUUGUAUACUCCUUACUGGGCCGUGGAAAUUAAAGGUGGAGAGGAAGCUGCUCGUGCUGUAGCUGAGAAAUAUGGGUUUCUGUAUCUUGGGGAGAUUUUACCUGGAAUUUAUCAUUUCAAACAUAAUCGCCUUUCCAAGAGAUCAGUGAGACAAAACAAUUUUUACCAUGACCAGUUAGCCAAUGAUGAACAGGUCGUUUGGUUAGAACAACAAGUGGCAAAAAUUCGCGUGAAACGAGAUGUACACAUUCCAGUCAGUGAUCCGAAAUGGCCUCAAAUGUGGUAUUUGAAUCGUGGUGGUCCAGGUGGUUUAGAUAUGAAUGUUCGAUCGGUUUGGGCGCGUGGUUAUACAGGUCAAGGCGUGGUUGUCACAAUUCUAGAUGAUGGUUUAGAAACAGAUCAUCCAGAUUUGAAAGAUAAUUAUGAUCCGUUUGCGUCGUAUGAUGUGAACAGUAAUGAUGAUAAUCCAGAACCACGUUAUCUAACAAGGGAUAAAAGUAAUACUAAUCGACAUGGUACACGAUGUGCUGGUGAAGUAGCUGCAGCUGCUAACAAUAGUGUAUGUGGACUAGGCAUAGCCUAUAAGGCUCGUAUAGGCGGUGUACGCAUGUUAGACGGUGAUGUCACCGAUGCAAUGGAAUCACGUUCAUUAAGUCAUCAAUUACAACAUAUCGAUGUAUAUUCUGCUUCUUGGGGUCCAGAAGAUGAUGGGAAAACAGUUGAUGGGCCUGGAAAAUUAGCUCAAAUGGCAUUUCGUAAUGGAAUUCAAAUGGGACGAAGAGGUUUAGGGUCAAUCUUUGUAUGGGCUAGUGGAAAUGGUGGUACAAGUCAUGAUAAUUGUAAUUGUGAUGGAUACACAAAUAGUAUUUAUACAUUGGGUGUUGGAUCUGUUUCAGAGCAUGGAUCUGUUCCUUGGUAUGCAGAAUUGUGUUCAUCCACCCUGGCUGUUACCUACAGUAGUGGAGGUCGUGGUGAACGUGGUGUUAUUACAACAGAUUUAAAUCAUACUUGUACAGAUAAUCAUUCUGGUACAUCAGCUAGUGCUCCGUUAGCCGCAGGUAUCUGUGCACUCACCUUAUCAGCAAAUCCUAAUCUAACCUGGAGAGAUUUACAAUACCUAGUUGUGUAUACAGCACGUCCAGAUGGAUUGUAUGCCGACGACUGGCAUGUGAAUGGUGUUGGUCGACGAGUAUCUCAUGCAUUUGGAUAUGGUUUAAUGGAUGCCGCAGCUAUGGUUGACUUGGCUUUGAACUGGACUAAUGUACCACCACAACGUGUAUGCGAAGCUCAAGCACCAAUGACUGGCAGUCCAAUUACAAUACGACAAAUGUCAAAGGAAAACUUAGCCUUAACUACUGAUGGUUGUGAAUCAGCUGCAGCACUUGCUGGUGAUCUAUCACAUCGAGUUGUUCAUCUAGAACAUGUACAAGCUAAACCUAACACUAAUACUCAUAUGAAUAUCAUAUCUAUCUAUAUAUUUGAAAUUGAAUUAAUAAAUGUAUAUUGGAAAAAUCAAAACAAAAAACAAUGGGAGCAUACUUUUUUAAUUACCAUCUUUCGAAAUUUUCCCCUUAGCCUAACACUUGAAUAUGGAUAA